AUCAUUUAUUCUUCUCUCUCCCUCUUUCUCCUGUACUCACUCCUUUUUUCCUUCCUCUUCCUCACUAUCCCCUGGGGCUGGCUCAUCCCUCAUCGGCAGGACACCAUGGCGAAUUCGGCGUCGGGAAUGGCGGUGAGCGAUGAGUGCAAGCUCAAGUUCUUGGAACUCAAGGCCAAGAGGAACUUCCGGUUCAUCGUCUUCAAGAUCGAGGAGAAGAUACAGCAGGUGAAGGUGGAGAGGCUCGGCCAGCCUGGGGAGAGCUACGACGACUUGACGGCAUCCCUGCCGGACGACGAUUGCCGCUACGCCGUCUUCGACUUCGACUUCAUCACCGACGAGAACUGCCAAAAGAGCAAGAUCUUCUUCAUUUCCUGGUCUCCUGAUACCUCGAGGGUGAGGAACAAGAUGCUGUAUGCCAGUUCCAAGGACAGAUUCAAGAGGGAGCUUGAUGGCAUUCAAGUGGAGCUACAGGCAACCGAUCCCAGUGAGAUGAGCAUCGACAUCAUAAAAGGAAGAGCUCUAUAAAUCUGCCACAAUCGAAUUGUUGGUCAAUCAUUUGUGAUGUGAUGAGAUCGGGUGCUAUUAACCAUGUUAAAGAAUGUGGUACUGUGUUGCCUUCCCUCACUUUCUUCAUCGAGUUUCCAUAUCAUGAA